AAGCCUUCCUCCUUCUCAAGUCUUCAACUAGGGUUUCAUAUCAGGCUCUGAGUGUGCCCUUCAUUCCUAUCAAUUAUCAAACAGCUUCGGUGAUCAUCGUAACUACCUCUACAUUUGUUUGUUUAUCAUUUCUUUGCUCGUAUCAAUGUCUAACACCAGCAACAAUGUCGCUGGGGUCGACAACACGUUCAGAAGAAAAUUUGAUCGAGAAGAGUAUCUAGAACGAGCACGGGAGCGCGAGAGACAGGAGGAGGAGGGUCGAGCGAAACCUAAAGGUAAAGGUCCUCCCGUGCAGAGGAAGCCCUUGAAACAUAGAGAUUAUGAAGUGGACCUUGAAUCCCGCUUGGGCAAGACUCAGGUUGUUACGCCGGUUGCACCACUAAGUCAGCAGGCUGGAUACUACUGCUCAGUUUGUGAGUGUGUGGUGAAGGACUCUGCAAACUACUUGGAUCAUAUUAAUGGAAAGAAACAUCAAAGAGCCUUGGGCAUGUCCAUGCGAGUAGAACGUGCUUCUCUCCAACAGGUUCAGGAACGAUUUGAAGUUCUUAAGAAGCGUAAAGAUGUUGGCAGCUUCACAGAGCAAGAUCUUGACGAGCGGAUUUUAAAACAGCAGCAAGAGGAGGAAGAAAGAAAGCGACUGCGUCGAGAAAAGAAAAAAGAAAAGAAGGAGAAGGCAGUUGAAGAACCUGAAAUUGAUCCUGAUGUUGCUGCCAUGAUGGGGUUUGGAGGUUUCCGGUCAUCCAACAAGAAAUGAUAGCAUUCUGCAUGCGGAAUGAACUGCGUAUGAAAUUUUGGAACAAUUAUUCUGCAAUGAUAAGCUGAAAGAUUAUUCUGUGGAGAAUCGUUAAAUAGUUGGGCUGCGGUAUCUUCCAGCCUGAUUUUGGGUGUGGCUUAAAGAUUUUUCUGUGGAGAAUAGUUAAAUAGUUGGGCUGCUCAAACAGUAGUAUGGGUGCUGGUGCAUUGCGUUAUAUUCAAUCAUUUGAUUCGGUUGAUUCAUGUACAUUUCUUCUGAUAGCUAACCUGAUGUAUUAUUAUACAAGCUUGAUAUUUGUAGUCUCUACUAUGUUUCAAGUAGGAAGUGACAACUUGCCGUACCUAAUGGAAACCAAUUAUGAACAUUCGAUACAAUUCUAUACUGGGAUGUAGCUUUUCGUGGGUA